UUGACCAGAUGAAAUAGGUUUCUGCAACUCGAUUCGAACAUUUGAUGUGCCGGUUUAUAAUCCCUCGACUGUAUCAUCUAACCUAGAAAACAAAUUUCUUCAAGGCUUCAAGAUUUUCUAUACAGUUGAUUCUCUAACUUUGCUAAUUUAUGUUUCAGUUUAUCAACAAUUCAUCGAUCUAAUCCCCAUUUCCGGAGCCCAUAGUUUGAACUCCAAAUCCAGAAAUGGGGUUCGUGUGGAUGAUGUUUCAGUCGCUAUUUAUUUUUGCUUCGAUUUUCGCACUUGGAUUAUUGGCCGCCAUAGUUUUUGAAACAAUCAGAAGAAAAUACAAUCACACUCACGUUGAAGCUCCUCCAAUUUUCGAGGAUCCAAAUUCAUUGAAACCGGUUCCUUGUCCUCAAAUUCUUGAUCCUGCUGAAAAGUACAUAUCAUUGAUUAUUCCAGCGUACAAUGAAGAACAUAGGCUUCCAGGAGCACUUGAUGAAACCUUGAAUUAUCUUCAGCAACGAGCAGAAAAGGACAAGUCAUUUUCGUACGAGGUGGUGAUUGUCGAUGAUGGAAGUGUUGAUGGUACAAAACGAGUAGCUUUUGACUUUGCGAAAAGAUACACAGUUGAAAAUGUAAGAGUUAUCCUUCUUGGAAGGAACCAUGGCAAGGGAGAAGCAAUAAGAAAAGGAAUGCUUCACUCUCGUGGUGAACUACUUUUAAUGCUUGAUGCUGAUGGAGCAACCAAAGUGAGUGAUCUUGAAAAACUUGAAAAUCAGAUUCUUGUAGUUGCUAAGAAGGAACACAAGUUUGGAGACUCUGCAGCCAGUGAUUCAACUUUAAGAAUUUCGGACAUACCAAUUGCUGCUUUUGGUUCUCGUGCUCAUCUUGAGGAGAAGGCUCUAGCAACGAGAAAGUGGUACCGGAAUUUUUUAAUGAAAGGUUUCCACAUGGUAGUUCUCUUGGCUGCUGGUUCUGGAAUUCGUGACACACAGUGUGGUUUUAAGAUGUUCACUAGAGCUGCUGCAAGGAAGCUUUUCACGAACAUCCGCUUGAAACGGUAAAUGCUUCUUUUAGCAAUCAUGAAAUGGUUAAAUUAGUGCUAAUAGGAGUUCCAAAAUGGCAUUACAUGGAAAAUAGUUUGCUGUUUCUUGAAAGAUUAUAGUAUCUUAACAUACUAUUUUGAGAUAAACUUUUUUGGUCCUUGGCUGUGCUUUAAUGCUAAAAUUAUUUGCAAUUCAAAAAUUGGGAGAUUAUUGGAAAGACGAUCAUCUCAUGAAAAAACAGACUAAAAUUUCCACACACUGGUGGAUCAAACAUCAUUGCAGAAUGAGAAUUGCCAAACACAAACCCAGAUGAACCUCCAC